ACGAGAGCAUCGCGAUACCCGCGCGAAACAUCCGACUGUCGGCGGCGGCGGCGUGUGCGAGUUUCAGGUUUUUCAGUGCGUGACGUUCGCUCGAGUGCCACCCCUUCGCGGUCGGGGGUGCGUUUCUGUGGCUUGUGCUGCACGAGGUGGACGGAGGACGUCCUUGCUGCCCAUACGUUCCGGUACGCAAGGUAUCUACUCAAAGCAAAGGUGGAUUUUAUGGCAUGACUGACAGAACGGUGCAAUAAAUGAAGCAAAAAUGCACGAAAGGACACAAAUGAGGUGGUUGGCCGCUCUUUGGUUUCUGAUGACGUGCGUCUUACAAUCACGUGGUGUGGAAAACAACCUCACAAUGGCAGAAGUUCCUGUAGAAGUUCCUAUAACAUCGGAUGAUGAUUCCGAACAGGAAUUAUCGUCGCAACUACAAGAAGUGGACGGUAGAGCUGGAGGAUGGUCUCCUUGGUCGGACUGGUCUUCAUGCUCUCGAUCUUGCGAUGGGGGUGUUUCACAUCAGUUAAGGACGUGCAGAACGGGAUCUUGCAGAGGAGAGCACGUCAGAUAUAAAAUAUGCAACAUGCAGUCGUGUCCUGAAUCCCACGAAUUCCGUGAAGACCAGUGCGCAGCAUUCAGCAGUAGUCCUUAUCAGGGCAGUCUUUAUGAGUGGUCAGCCCAUUACGACGACUCAGAUCCUUGUGCCCUCACCUGCAAAGGAAAGCCGAUUACCGGAGAUGCAAGCAGCGAUGAAGAUCCCGUACUUGUUGUGGCAAAGCUUGCGGACAAGGUCCACGACGGGACCAGAUGUAGACCAGGAAGUCUGGAUAUGUGCAUUGACGGAAAAUGUCAGAGGGUUGGAUGCGACUUGAAGAUCGGCUCUUCGCGGCAGGUGGACGCAUGUGGGGUUUGUGGAGGCGAUGGUUCCUCGUGUUCAAGGCCUUUGUAUCACUGGACGUUGACGUACAUGUCCUUGUGUUCUGCGACAUGUGGCGGUGGCUACAAAAUGUCACGUCCCUUAUGCCAGAACCGGGUGACGGGAGAAGAGGUCGAGGAGGAACUUUGUAACGAGUCACAAAAGCCCGAUUCUACGAUAGUGGAGUGCAACACCCAUAACUGCCCUCCCAAGUGGCAUGCAGGAGAAUGGGGACCUUGUUCGGUGACUUGCGGCGGAGGUUCAAGAUUACGUCAAGUGCACUGUGUUGAAGAAGCAAAUAAUACUAAAAUUAGGGUUAAUGAUCAGAAGUGCACCGGACACAAACCAUGGUUUCAAGAAGCUUGUAAUCGGAUGGACUGUCCAGCAUGGAUAGCUUCAUCCUGGUCGGGGUGUUCAGUAUCUUGCGGUGAAGGUACACAAGUGAGGGUGGUUGAAUGUCGAGACUCCGCAGACAAGCCUAGUACAUUAUGCCCCCAGAAGCUUAAACCAAUCGAGAGUAAACCGUGUUCUACGGGUAUACAGUGCCCGCAUCACAUCGACACAAGCGAGGAAUUCCUCCCCAGCUUAUACCACACUCAACCCCUGGUUCAGCCGUAUCCUCCGCCGCCACCGGCCCACGCUGAAAGACUCGUAGGGGAACAGGUUGUGCCUUCUGAAAGCACGUUCGUGCCUGACGAGUGGGGACCCUGCAGUGUAACCUGCGGUGAAGGAGUGCGUAAACGUCAAGUUCACUGCAAAAUUUUCUUAGAAUUUUCAAGAACCAUAGCCAAAUUGCCUGAUAAACAAUGUAGUGGUCCGAAACCAAUGGAAACAGAAAAGUGUUACAUGGAACCGUGCUCAGCCGAACGUAUAGGGUUAGAUAUUAAGGAUGAUCCUUAUCGAUCUGACAUCAAAGUCGCAGGAGGCGCCCCAGGUAAAUCGUACUCUUGGAAGGAACAAGGGUACACCCAUUGCAGUGCUACUUGUUUAGGAGGCGUCCAAGAGCUGAUCGUGAACUGUGUCAGAGACGACACGCAAAAGGUCACUUCACCGUUUCUUUGCCCUAUGGAACUCAAACCGGAAAUUUUAAUGAGGACCUGCAACGACCAUCCUUGCCCACCCAGAUGGAACUACUCGGAUUUUUCUCCGUGCUCGCAAAGUUGCGGCCUUGGAAUCCAGACGAGAGAAGUGAACUGUAUCCACGAAGUAACCCAAGGGGGUGGUAACACUGUCAUAGUCCCAAAUAACAUGUGCCCGCAACCCCCACCACCAGAUCGACAAUACUGCAAUGUCUUGGACUGCCCAGUUAGAUGGAAAAUGUCUGAAUGGUCCAGAUGCAACAAACCGUGUGGAGGAGGCGAAAAAUCGAGAAAAGUGGAGUGUAAACAAGUAAUGGCUCAAAACCACACAGUCGACAGAUCUCCAGAACUGUGCCCGUCCCCCAAACCACAAGAUCGGAAGCCCUGUAACACCAAGAGCUGUAUAGUAGAAAGCGACAAACCCCAAAUCGACAUCUCCAACAGUUCCUUCAUUCAGAACGACUUCAAGAAGAAGAAAAUUACGUUAAAGGUUGGAGGUACAGCAACUGUGUUUGCUGGUACCACCAUCAAAAUUAAAUGCCCCGUGAAGCGUUUCAACCGUACGAAAAUCCAGUGGGUCAAAGACAAACAGUUCUUACCAAAGUCGAAAAAAUUCAAAACUUCCAAAAAAGGAGCACUGAGAGUACAAAAUUUGACUUUUAGAGACAGCGGCCGCUACACUUGCAUUGCGGGUCGGUCCUCUGCCGGUAUUCAACUGUCCGUACGGCCCAAACCCGGAGAAUUCCUCACCUCGGAAGAGAUUCAGAAACAGGGCAAUAAACCCGAUCGCGUCGAUCUGAUUUCGGAUGUCUACGUUAACAGGGACGAUACUAGUCCGAUCUUUGGCAGCGAUGACCAUUCUCACGAACAAAGACCGGACGUUGUUAGAAAGAAACCCACACCUAGAACGAGAUUAUUCACCCCCACGUUACCCUCUCUGAGACUGGAUACGAACAACAUAAACAUGUAUUCAUCGCAAAGUACAACACUUCAUUCGGAUAAUGUACACGAUAAAAUGGUACCUUCGCGUUUGCCGGCGAGCUCUUCUGAAUCGCUGAAACCCUAUUAUGGGAAUUCGGCGAGUUCGGCGGGGCGAAUCAUGCCGCACUUUCAAAGACUUAUAUCUAAUCUGCAGCAAUUGUGGCCCUUCCAGACCUUCAGCAAUUCUCGCGGUCAUCGCAUGGUGGCAUUUCCUGACGACCCUCGCCAGUCUUUGACCGAGAACCCUUUUACGACCACAUCUGAAAACGAGGAAGACGAAUCCGGGUCGAUGGUCGUUUUGGGUAAAGGAACUCCGGACAACUUAAAAUUUGAAUGGGUCAUUUCCGAUUGGUCCAAAUGCUCCGAAACUUGCGGCGGAAAUGGCUUUCAGAUGAGGGUAAUCCGAUGUAUUGUUAGGUUACACAAUAUGACACACGGUGUCGACCAUAACUUGUGCGAAGACGCUGGACUGCCCCUUCCAGCGACCGAGCGUGAAUGUGCCUCGGACGAGUGCACCAGAUGGGCCACUUCCGAGUGGACCCCGUGCGAAAAAUCCAAGUGCUUCAACUGGCAUACAGCCAUGCAAAGGAGAUUAGUCAAGUGUAAGGUUGAUAAUGUGACGGUAUCAGAGUCGAAAUGUGAUGAAGACAGUAAGCCAACACACAGGCAAGAAUGCACAAAUGAGAAAUGUGUCGGCAAGUGGAAAGUUGGCGCUUGGUCAGAGUGCGCCGCCGCUUGCGAGAUGCAGGGUGUUAAGUAUAGGAUUCUUCAAUGUGUUUGGUACGGCACCAAAAAACCAGCAGGGACAGCCUGCAAAGAUCUUCCCCGUCCUCCAGUCAUGAAGUCCUGCAAAGGGUCUCCAUGUGCUCCUGCAGAUACAGAGUGUAAAGAUCACUCCAUGUUCUGCCCAAAUGUGAAAACUAUGAAUAUGUGCAAGAUACUAAGGUAUCAGCAACAAUGCUGCCAGACGUGCAAGGCAGCUUAAAAUUUAGGAAACAAGAAGUGGAUGAAAUAAUUUGUUUGAAAAACAGUGCUGUUGUUAUAUGAUUAGUGAGCAAGAUAAAGAAGACGUGAGAAGUGUGUUCAAAAAUGACUUUAUUAUAUCAGCUAAUAUAAAUU